AUGCUUAACUCUUCCCCGGACCUCACCCUUUUUGAGUGUCUGACAGAGUCACUCGAAUUCCCACACGAGAGUUGGAAGCAAUGGUGGCAUAAAACCGGCCCUAUAUUGGCCAAGCUUAUGAGCUCAUCGAAUUAUAACGCAGAGUGGCAGUACAAAUACCUUGAGUUCUAUGCUACAGUUGUUGUCCCUUUCCUGGGGCCCUAUCCACAGGUUGUUCGAAGUACCAUUACCCGAAGCGGCCUCCCGGUGGAGUUCAGCGUCAACUACCAACAAUAUGGAAAGCAACCUAUUGUUCGCAUAGCCUUUGAGCCCAUUGGUGGAGCGCCAGAUACCGAAGCUGUGGCCUACGAUCGGGAUAUAGCAAAAGAAUUUCUCUCUACCUUGUCGAAACUAGAUCUAAAAGGGUUCGAUCCGCGAUUGUGGGAUUUAGUCUCUCGGAACAUACAUAUUGAUGCUACUGAAAGAGCAAUGUUACAAGAGAAUAAGAUUGAUGGCACUUACGUGAGGACUCAAACAUUGUUCGGCUUUGAUUUGAUCGGAGGAGGUGAUAUGUCAGUGAAAGCGUAUGCGUUUCCGGGUUUGAAAUGCAAAGCAUCCGGACAGUCUUCGCAAACAUUAUUGGCCAAUACAAUCAAAGGCCUGCAGAAGCAGGUAGAUUGUUCUGAAGCCUUUUCAAUGGUAAACAGUUAUUUGCAAGAGACUGACUCUUACAACCCUUACUCUUUCUUCUCAUGGGACUGCAUAGAGGCAUCCAAGAGUCGUCUCAAAAUCUACAUGUGCUCUGCCAGUAUGACACGGGCAAAGCUUGAAGAAACCUGGUCACUUGGUUCUCGGCUAAAUGGUCCUAGUAUGGAAAAGGGGUUGAAAUAUCUCUUGCAGCUUUUUGAUUGCAUUCAGAUCAAGGACAAGGAGCUUGAUAUUAAAAUCGAGCAUGAUGAUCGAAGCGACACCUCCAAGGUAACCCCGUUAAUGUGGAAUUACGAGAUGCGGAAUAACGACCCAUUGCCUGUGGCUAAGAUAUACUUGCCUGUGCAUGGUGAGAAUGAUUUGAGAAUUGUCAUUGGCGUUGCGCGGUUCAUGAAGGAAAUUGGAAUGGUCGACUUAGGCAAAUCCUACCUGGAUACGGUUCAGUCUUACUUUUCUGGGUAUGACCUUGGGCAGACGGAUCGUCUGACAUCUUGGGUUUCCUUUACGUAUACGGAGAAGAUGGGAGUCUAUCUGAGCAUCUAUUACCAUUCUUCUCUCGACAACCUAUGGGUGGCGAAAGAAAAAUGA